UUGUGAGCUGCUGCGCGGCCGCCCGAUCGGGGCCGUUAUGGCGGCUCCAUAUUAAUACUCUCCUCCUUCUUUUCCUCCCCCUCCUCUGGAGCCGUCUGCCCCUCACCCGGACGCCACCUCCACUCUCCUCCCCCCUCCCCCCCCCCCCGCCUUCUUCUACCAUGCCCGGCAUGAUGGAGAAAGGGGCCGAGUUUCUGGGGAAGAACCGGUCCGCCAACGGCGGCGGGAAGAACCCGGCCGGCGCCUCCAACGGGCUCCCCUUCUCGGAGCCGGAGAGCGGCGGCAGCAGCGACGACGAGCACGGUGAUGUUGGAAUGAGGGUCGGAGCGGAAUAUCAAGCUCGAAUCCCCGAAUUCGAUCCUGGUGCUACGAAAUACACCGAUAAAGACAAUGGAGGGAUGCUUGUCUGGUCACCAUAUCACAGUAUUCCAGACGUCAAGUUGGAUGAAUACAUUGCAAUUGCGAAGGAAAAGCACGGCUACAAUGUGGAACAGGCACUUGGCAUGUUGUUCUGGCAUAAGCAUAACAUUGAGAAGUCCCUUGCUGAUCUCCCUAAUUUCACUCCUUUCCCUGAUGAGUGGACAGUGGAAGAUAAAGUCCUGUUUGAGCAAGCUUUUAGUUUCCAUGGGAAGAGCUUCCACAGGAUUCAGCAAAUGCUUCCAGAUAAGACUAUUGCAAGCCUUGUAAAGUAUUACUAUUCCUGGAAAAAAACUCGAUCUAGGACUAGUUUGAUGGAUCGUCAGGCUCGGAAACUCGCCAAUAGACAUAAUCAAGGUGACAGUGAUGAUGAUGUGGAAGAAGCACAUCCAGUGGAUGGAAAUGACAGUGAUUAUGAUCCUAAAAAAGAAGCCAAAAAAGAGGGUAAUACUGAACAGCCCGUUCAAACCAGCAAGAUUGGUCUUGGAAGGAGAGAGUAUCAGAGUUUGCAGCAUCGUCAUCACUCUCAGCGUUCUAAGUGCCGCCCACCCAAGGGCAUGUAUCUGACCCAAGAAGAUGUAAUGGCAGUUUCUUGUAGUCCUAAUGCAGCCAACACCAUUCUCAGACAACUGGAUAUGGAGUUAAUAUCUCUAAAAAGACAGGUUCAAAAUGCUAAACAAGUAAACAGUGCCCUUAAACAGAAAAUGGAAGGUGGAAUUGAAGAAUUCAAACCUCCUGAGUCAAAUCAGAAAAUUAAUGCACGUUGGACCACAGAGGAACAGCUUCUUGCAGUACAAGGUGUCCGCAAAUAUGGUAAAGAUUUUCAAGCUAUUGCAGAUGUAAUUGGCAACAAGACUGUUGGCCAAGUGAAGAACUUCUUUGUAAACUACAGGCGUCGGUUUAACUUAGAGGAGGUAUUGCAGGAAUGGGAAGCAGAACAAGGAACCCAGGCUUCUAAUGGUGAUGCUUCUACUUUAGGGGAGGAGACAAAAAGUGCUUCUAAUGUGCCAUCAGGAAAGAGCACUGAUGAAGAAGAGGAGGCACCAACCCCCCAGGCCACACGGUCUCUAGGCUCGACGCCUCCAGCCCCAGCAUCCACCCCUACGCCAGCGGCCCCGGUAGCCACCCUGAACCAGCCUCCCCCGCUGCUCCGGCCGACACUUCCCGCCGCCCCCGCUCUCCAUCGCCAGCCCCCGCCACUCCAGCAACAGGCUCGAUUCAUCCAGCCCCGGCCGACUCUGAAUCAGCCUCCCCCGCCUCUGAUUCGUCCUGCUAAUCCGAUGCCUCCUCGCCUAAACCCAAGACCGGUGUUGUCCACGGUUGGCGGCCAACAGCCACCAUCGCUGAUCGGCAUUCAGACAGAAUCCCAGUCCUCUCUGCACUAAAGAAGGGGAGUGGGACAGGAUUUCAGUUAUUUCCAAACACAGCAUUUUACCCCUUGGGUCGCUUGAUGCCGGCGCAAGCGGGAGGAAAGAGCAAUCUUCCGUAGAUAUUAAAGCGGAAAUCGUUUUCUAGUGAGGCCACAAGCCAGAAUCGGUUCCUUUGGAACACGGGUCAACACCCAGUUGAAAGAUUUUUCCGUGCAGCAGUCUAAAAUGGUCUAUCCAACAGAAAGCCCUCGGUUAGCUCUUUUUUUACAUAUAUGUUGAAGGAAAUGAUUUCAGAAAAGGUGGUUUAAUUGAUUUUUACUCUAUUUAUUUUACUGAAGUUCUUUGUAUUCUAACCUCCUUUAUAUUCAAGCCACUCAGUUUAGGAAUAUGUCGACCUUAGGAAUUCGAGGUAACUCCUCAGUAGAUUUUUAAACUAUAGAGGAGUUUCUGCUUUGUUUGAGCUCUUUACAUUUUUUAAAGUGUUUUCCUAUGUUGGAAUGCAAAAAUAAACAGCCUGCAUUUCAGAUUUUGGCACAUAUUAGCCCAGCUAGUAUUACUUUUUGCACUUUUUAAAGAAUUCGCCUUUUUUCUUCCCUUUCUUUUGUGAGAGACAUUGCCUUUGUACAGUUUUUUUAGAUUAUAUACUCCUUCAAAGCACUGUAAUUCUGUUAUUUGCAAAGCAAAUAUAUGACAUUACAUCAAAUUUUCUAAAUUUCUUAGCCACGUAAUAUAUGGAGUUUGAGUCUAGUGUAAGGUUUAAUUAACUGCAGAUGAAUGUCACUAGUUCUUCCUCUACUGUUAUGAGGGAACAAAUACUUUUAUGUCAGGAUGAGGAUAACCAACAUUAUGUCUAAUAUAAGACUGUAAUUUGUUAAAGUUCAGUUAAUUCCCUUGAAAAUAAUUUAUAAGUUUUGGAUUUGUUUGAGUUUUUUCUCUUCAGAUUCUAUGUUGCAUAGACUUUAGGCAGCGGCAGUUGUAUCGCUUAACCAGGAAGAGGUUUUGGGUUUUGUUUGGUUUGUUGUUGUUUUUUUUUAAUCUGUCAGGAACUGGUGGUGACUAUUGUAGCCAUUAUUCAUAUUAGUUUGUCUGAAGUAAGGCUUUCUGAACUAAUUAUUCCCUUUCUAAUUUUUGUAUAGCUCUGUUUUAUUAUCAGCGAUAGUGUUUUGUAAGUCACCCGCUGCUUAUCUAGAUGCAUUUGUUUUGUACCUUACAACCGACCCAUUACUCUUGAGCUUUGGGAAUGAAAUACAUUUAAUUAUCAAAUUCUCCAGGAGGGAGAGAAAUUGGGAAUUUAGUCAUGCUUUAUCAAGUUCAUGGAUUUUGCACCAGUUGUGUGGAUUUCUCAAUUAAGCGGCAAACCCAUUUUAAAGUUGCACUUUGCUGACCACAAGCUUUUUAAGAAACAGUGUUCUAAUAGCAUAACAAUCACAUUUAUGCUAUAUUAAGUUGGUAGUGAAAUUGAAACUUGGAAAAGGAGUGUGGUUUCCUGAAUUGCUAUUCUAAAAACGUAAGGUUUACUUUUCCAAUAUUAAGGCUUAAAGUGUGUUCCUGAAUCAUUUUACUUUCAAAACUAUUUAUUUUUUUAAAUGGCAAUAGUCUACAUCUCCCACUUUAUUUCAUAUUUUUGCUAAUGAACUGAAAGAUGAGCCAUUUUGGUCUAAGGAUUGAAGAACCUAAGAAUAAAUGAUCCUGAUCAGAAUUCUAAUUCCAAAAGUGGGCUGCUGCCCUCUCUGUGGACCUGAAGAAUAUUCUGAUAAGCAGUAUUUCCCUAACCUUAAAUGUUUUUUUAAGGAGAACCUCUUUUUCUUCAGUGGAACUUGUCACAACGGUUCCCUAAACCUGGAAUGUAAUAAUCAGUCAAUGGUAUUUGUUGAGCACUUACUGCAUCUAACUGCCCUCCAGAGUCUUAUCGUCAACAAGAAUUCUGUUUUGUGCGAUUUUGACUUAAAAAUAGCUAUUCCCAGCCAGUUGGUUGUGGACAAGAGAAUCCGUCUUCUGCAUUGUAAAGAAGUAUUGAGAUCAAGUCUCACAAAUGUGCUUUCUGUACCUUUGCAAACUUUUUGUCUCGUCUAGCGUCAGUAGAACUUCAGUAUACAGUAUGUGGCGUGUUUCAGUUGGUCAACUCCAACUUCGAUCAAGCUGUUCCGUACAUUGUCAUUCAGUUAAAAUCCUGUUGUGUCCCAAACUUGGGCCAGGGUGCUGUACUUGAGGGAUGUUAGCACACAGUGGGGAAAUCUUAAAUUUGGUAGUUAUAUAACAUAUGUACAUAGUGAAAUGUCUUUUUAUUGUGUGCUUUACAUAUUAUGUAAAUAGAUUGCACGUCUUUUUGGUUUUUUGUUUUUUGGGUUUUUGGGUUUUUUUUUUAAUUUUUGUUUAAGCAGUGUUUGGCCUGGAAGAGUGAUAUGCUUGCUGCUUAAUCAAAAGAUUAAAGUUUUAAAGAAGUCUGUGUCUUCUAUUUUUAUGUAACUUGUUAAUGGCACUUGAACAAUUUAGGGCCUUUUUUUACUGUGAAGCCCUAAACUCAUUUUAUUUUUUUAUUUAAAAAAAAUAGAUAUCUCUAAAUGGCAGUUGUUGCUUUCCAGAUGAAUUCAAUAUAAAAAAGUUUUGAAAUCUAAUUCUAUAACUCUUUUGUAACAUUGUACGAAAUUAACACCAAAGUAAUUUCCUGGCUAUUUUUCAAGAUUUAAAAAAAAUAAAUGACAAAGAAUAAUGUUGGCAUAUAUAUUUUGUAAAUGUAAUGGAGAGUACAUAUCCUGAAUGGUUCCAUCCCCAGUGUAAUUUAUGAAGAAUUUAUUUUCAGUUUUAAAAAACUGGUGAGCAGAAAAGUAUGCACCCUUCAAAUAAGAUUUAAGUUCAUAUAAUAAUGAUGGUAUUUGUUAAGCGCAAGUUCAUAUGAAAAUGAAUUACAUUGUGUCAUACACUCAGGUUUGUGAUGGCCUAUCAACUGAACUCACAUCUGGAAAGAAAUGUUCACAAAAGUAGAGAAGGCAUCAGUGAGGGACGGCACACUAUGCCAACCCAUGAGUUCUCCAUCCUGGGAAAUCUUUUAAAAAGGACAGUCCUCCAUCACCCUGAGACAGGAUGAGCUAGACAGAGUCCCUCCCAGCUCUGCAAGGGACCCAAAAACUUGUUGCAGUGCCUUAGGAUAAUAUGACCAGUGCUAAAGUGAAAGUUUGUCUCUGUGAAACUAUUUGAAAUUUGUGAAAAUAAAAGCUGAGAAAACAGCAA